AUGCGGACGCCUAUAAAUGUCCGAAAUGUGGAUAUUGUUAUCAGAGUCCGGAUAGUUUACGACGGCAUUGGAAGAAUGCGGGGAAUAUCGGACGCGGGCGCCGGUCCCGGUCCGGGGACAGCAGAAGCUCAAGGAAGAGCAAAUGCGCUCCAUUCAAAACCAGUAAAAGGAUUCUACGAUCAUGAGAAAGUGAGAAGGAUGUGGUUGAAAGAAGAGGAGGAGGGAUCUAUGAAUGCACCGUCGACGUCAAUGCCUUCGGCGAUUCCCAAAAAACCAGAUAUUACCACAAAAGCGUAUAUAGGACCUUCUAAACCGAUUUUGCCGCGAAGAAAUACUCAAAAUGGAGCAGAUUUGCGAGCUCCCGGACCUUAUACUCACAGACCCUACUGUCUUGGGCCCGCCAAGCCACGUGUCGGCUACCCUAACCGAAAACCAAUACCUAUUCGAGAAAUACCGGUCCAAAAGGUCGAGCCUGACCUGGAUUGGUCUAUUCUGGACCGCCUAAACAGGAGCAUACGGUCGCCGACCGCCGACGAUUUGAAUAUUCCGAUGCAUUCCCGGUCGCCGAACCCGCUUACUGAUGAUUGGAAUCUUUUAGAAGCUGUGGCGUCGUCAGAGGGGCCUUCAGAAGAUGCCACAACGUCUAUAACGCUGGAAAGUUCGGUAGAGCGCAAUUGCACCAGUCCAACUGCCGAAUUUCCCGUUUACGAUUUUCUUGAGGGUUUCGAUGAAUUUCUGAAUACAAAAAACCUGGAAAAUUCGAAAAUAUCGAAUGUGGACCUAAAAAAUUCCCAAAAAUCGAGUCCAACAAAUAUUGCUGAAGCCCUGCAGAAUGUUUUCGCAAAUACCUACCAAACAUCAUCAUUUUCCCGCAAUUUACCCCAGCGAUACACACAGAGAGCCGCACGAGAGAAGGACAGAUUUCCAGUCAAUUGCAACAGAGUUUCUCCUAUCGAUGGAUCGGAUGACGUGGCAGAGGACGACGGAAAGCCGGUUCCAGUGAAUCCACGUCAGUUUGUGAGAAUUCUGAGAAGACGUGAAAUGAGAGCACGUCAAGAAGAUUCUGGAGUGAUACCCGUUGAACGACAGGCGUACUUGUAUGAAUCUAGACAUCAACACGCACUGUCGAGAGUCCGAUUGUCGGAUGGGCGAUUCGAUCCGGCGGCCCGGAAAAAUUCUGGCCAACCACCGACUUCUGAAAUAGUGCCAACUCAGCCGACGCUCAAAAGACAGUAUACGCCGAUUCGCCCCGCCCAUUCCGAUCAAGAUCCGCUUCCGAAACCGUCGGAAAUGUACAGAACAAAAGGUCCACAGGUUCCACGACUACCGACAGCCAGUAUUCGCGCUCCAGUACCUGGACCAUCGAUUGUUGCACAAUUGCGACCAACAGGAAAUACUCGAGCACCAAUUCAAACAGCGCCACGUGGAACAGCGAACAUUGAAAUUCGAGAAGAAUCGUCAGAAUUUUUGGAUUCAUUGAAUAUGUUGGCAUCAGAAGUCACAACGACUACGCUUCCAGAAUCUUUAGAAUCCCUGUUAUCGGGAAUUCUAGAAGAUUUUUCACAAGAUUGA